GACCUUCUCUUCUUAACCCCCUCUCUCUCCCUCUCUCUCUCUCUCUCCCGUACCCAAAACAAACCGCAAGUCCGCAACCAGAGAAGGCCAAGCUUCUCUCCUUCUCUUCCUAUAGAUUUCUGUACGGAAGAAACCGAAUGCACCCAAGAAAGGCCUCGAUGCCUGCCAGAAAGCUUUUUGGAGAUCAAUAAUGGCGGUCUAAUCGGUGCUCUCUCUCUCUCACUUACUCACUUGGAAAACAUAUCGACUUUCAAGUCUUGAACUGCGUUGAUUCUCCUGCCCCUUUUCCCCUCAUUUGUUUUUCUUUCGGCUUCCUUGCGUUACUGUUGAUUCAUUCUCUGCUGUCGCAAUCCCCAGCAUUUUCUUCGUAUCUGAUUCGAAAAAGCGCCAAUCCAUUGCUUCUAACCACCAGUGUUUGACAGUUUUUUAGAACGUGUUUUGAGAGUAGUGUGAUUAUAUUCGAGUUCUUCCAACUUUUUGACUGUCUAAUCGAGAUUUGAUACUUACAACCGACCAGCUUCCCAUCUACCUCGAAUAUUUGAGCGUUAGGCGCUGGACUGGUGGAUUAAUUUUGUGGCGGAUUUCGGACAAUGUUAGGGUUUCGUCGACGGGACUCCGACAGUGAAGUCAGUUCCGGAACCCUAAACUCAAGCCAGAGCUCGAUGAGCAGCGCCGAUAGUUGCGUCAGUUUCAGCCGAUUGUCGUUUGAGAAUCUGGAGCUGAAGUCGGAGUCGCCGGAGAACUUAUCGCUGAAGCCACACCGGUCGUCGGACUCCUCGUGGCAGGCCAUACGAUCCGCCGCGUUCCGCCGGAAGGCGGGGCUAGGGUUCCGCGACUUCCGGCUGGUCCGGCAGAUCGGCAGCGGCGACAUCGGGAGGGUCCACCUCUGCCGCCUCCGCAGCGGCGGCGAUGACGAUGACGACGGCGGCGGCGGGUUCUACGCCAUGAAGGUGGUGGACAGAGAAAUGUUGGCGAUGAAGAAGAAGAUUCAGAGGGCGGAAAUGGAGAAGAAGAUUCUGAAGAUGGUGGAUCACCCCUUCUUGCCGACGCUGUACGCCGAGUUCGAAGCCUCGCAUUACUCCUGCGUGGUGAUGGAGUACUGUUCCGGCGGCGAUUUGCAUUCUCUCCGCCACAAACAUCCUCUCAAGCGCUUCCCUUUGAGCUCCGCAAGGUUCUAUGCGGCUGAGGUUCUCGUAGCCCUAGAGUACCUUCACAUGUUGGGAAUCCUUUACAGAGACCUGAAGCCCGAGAACGUCUUGGUCAGAUCGGACGGUCACAUCAUGCUCUCCGACUUCGAUCUCUCCCUCUGCUCCGACGCUACCCCGGCCGUUGAAUCGCCGGACUUGUCCCCGGACCCCUCAUCACCCCGGGCCACACAGUCCCCCCGUACUCUCACUCCAUUUUCAUGCCUCUCCAAACGGCUCUUCCGCUCAAAGAAGAUUCAAACGCUGUCAACGAACCGGCUGUUCGUCGCCGAGCCGGUCUCCGCCCGUUCAUGCUCGUUUGUCGGGACCCACGAGUACGUGGCGCCGGAGGUUGCCUCCGGGAGAUCCCACGGCAACGCCGUGGACUGGUGGGCCUUCGGAAUCUUCCUCUACGAGAUGAUCUACGGGCAGACGCCGUUCGCCGCCGACACCAACGAAGCCACGCUGCGGAACAUCGUGAAGAAGCCCCUCACCUUCCCGACUGACUCGCCGUCCAGCGCAAGUGAAAUGCACGCGCGCGACUUGAUAUCGGGCUUGUUGACCAAGGACCCGGCUGGUAGAAUCGGGGCACGGCGCGGGUCGGCGGAGGUGAAGACCCACCCGUUUUUCAAGGGCUUAAACUUCGCGCUGGUACGGUCGCUGACGCCGCCGGAGAUUCCGGGUUUACGGAGGCAGAAAACGACGACGUCGCGGCAGGGUACGAAUGCGAGACAACCAGCGGCGUUCGAUUACUUCUGAACCGCGGGAUAAGCGCCACGUUUGAGGAGUUUACUCCCGAUUUUGUCAGCCGGCAAGGGUGUAUAUAUAUAUAUAUAUAUCUGUGCGGAUCUUUUCUAAAAAUGAAAAAACAAUCUUUUUCCGCUUUGAUUUUAAUGUAAUAAUAUUAGGUAGGGGGAAAGUUAUUGGCAGAGAGUUUUAAUAUUUAGGAACCAUGAAAAUAUAUAUAUAUAGAGAGAGAGAGAGAGAGGGGGAGGGGGGUGAAUUAGUGAAUUAAUGGAUAAUGGAUUUGCACGACAA